UCCUGCUUUAAAGAGUCUCUCAGUCAGACUGAGUCAGUUGUUCAGGAGCUUCAGCAGCAGCAGCAGCAGCAGCAGCAUGACUUCAUCCUUCACCUGGAUCCUGCUCCUCUUCCUCACUGGACACAGUGCAGAUGGAUUUCCAAACUUUUCAUUGUUCCGCUGUGAAUUCAACUCCUCCAACCUGGAGGACAUCGAGUAUACAUUCUCCUCCUUUUACAACAAGCAAGAGAUUUUCAGGUUCUCCAGCAGUCUGGGGAAGUUCGUCGGAUACACAGAGUACGGAAUGAAACAAGCAGAGUACCGGAACAAUCUUCCUGCUGAGUUGGCUCGGAGGCGUCUGAACAAGGAGAGAUACUGUAAACCCAACAUUGACCGCUGGUACAGAAACAUUCUGAGUAAAUCAGUUGCGCCCUACGUGAAGAUCCACUCUGAGACUCAUGACAGCGGCGGCCGCAACUUGUUGGUCUGCAGCGUCUAUGACUUCUACCCCGAAGACAUCCAGGUGGGCUGGCUGAGAGACGGACAGGAAGUCACGCAGGACGUCACGUCCACUGAGCGGAUGGCCGACGCCGACUGGUACUACCAGAUCCACUCCCACCUGGAGUACACGCCCAGGUCUGGAGAGAGGAUCUCAUGUGUGGUUCAUCACGCCAGCCUGAAGGACCCUCUGAUCACCCACUGGGAUCCGUCCUUACCAGAGUCUGAGAGGAACAAGAUCAUCAUCGGAGCCUCUGGACUGACCCUGGGUCUGGUUCUGUCUCUGGCUGGUUUCAUCUACUACAAGAGGGAGGCCCAAGGAAGAACCCUGGUUCCCAGCAGCUGAGUCAAGAUCCUCAUCUCAUCUCAUCUGAUCUGAUCUGAUCUGAUCUGAUCUCACCUGGUCCUGGGCUUCAGUCUGCUCCUGUUCCUGGUUGUGGUCCUAAUCCUGGUCCUGGUUGUGGUCCUAAUGCUGUUCCUGGAUCUGAUCCUGGUCCUGGUCUAGGUCCUGUUCCUGGUUGUGGUCCUGAUGCUGUUUUUGGGUCUGAUUCUGGUCCUGGUUCUGUUCCUGGUUGUGGUCCUGAUGCUGUUCUUGGAUCAGAUCCUGUUCCUGGUCCAGGUUCUGGUUGUGUUCCUGUUGCUGGUCUUGGACUUGGGCCUGGUUCCAGUUUCUGUCUCUCAGAGAGAAGAAAAACAUCACAGCUCAGUUCAGACACUGAGCUGUGGACACGUCCCACCUGGUUCCACCUGGUUCCUCAGUGGAUUUACUGAGUUCACUCAGUUCUCUUUCCAUCAUUUUGUUCUCUGUUUUUUUUAGAAACGUUCUGUUCUCGAUGAAUAAAGGGUUGAGUCUGAAUUCGGUGUUUGUUCUUUAUUUGUUAGACGUGGAUCAUGAAGCAGUGACAGCAGCUCUUAGAACGUGUUCUCAUAUAGUGAUGCUGCUCGGUUCUCGUCCUUCGCCUCUAAAACUGAAUCUGAAAGUGAACCGACAUUUCCAGGUGUUCAACACUCUGGACCUCUGAAGACACUUGGACCUGAUCCCUGGCCUUACAGUAUCUCCACACUCAAGGCGUGUCUUGAUGUUUGUGUCUACACUCUGACUCUAGAUGUUCCAGGUCUACAAUCUGACUCUAGAUCAGGGGUCACCAACCCUGUUCCUGGAGAGCCACUAUCCAGCAUGUUUUCCUUCUUUCCUUGUUUCAACACACCUGCUGGCAUCAACAGGCUCGUUACUGGGCUUUGCUCUAUGCUUGGUGAUUAGAGAAUAAUUAGAUUCAGGUGCGUUGAAUCAGGGAGAGAACUAAAACAUGCUGGAUAGGGGCUCUCCAGGAACAGGGUUGGUGACCCCUGCUCUAGAUGAUCUGUGGGGACUUUUAAGUCCCAGCUGAAGACCUAUCUCUUCUCUCUGGCCUUCAGCUAGGUCUUAGCUUUUUUCUAGCUUGUCCUUGUGUUUGUGAUCGAGAUGUGUUUAAUUGAUUGAUUUUACUAAUUUCGACUUUUACGCAAUUAAUUCCAGCACUGAAGAACAAACUCCCCCCCAUCUACAUCUGGCUGCAGACCCCUCUGGACCAGGUUCUGGUUCCUCAGUGGUUCUUGAUGGAAACAGGUCCUGGUUCUAGUCUGAAGGCUCCACAUUCAGCAGUAGAACCAGUAGAAGACGUUUCCACUCUGAGACGGAGCUUCAUGGUCCAUAUUAACGUUCUCCUCUCAUUUAAACAUGAAAGUUAAAUUAAUCAGCUUUAAACUGAACUUUUCCUCCAGCUGAGCAGAUCUACUCUGAAACAGAUCCCACUGGAUCCAGACGUGCUGGAUCCACACUAACAGAUCCAGAUCUGCUGCUGAACCACAGGAGAGUCCCAGCCUGCUGCAGCGGAGCGCCGGCUCACCUCGGCUCGUCUCGCUCCGCCGUCCGGUCCCCACAUGUCCAAAACCAUCGGAGCAGAUGUUGAAAUGAGCUUGAUGUGGACAGACUGAGAACAGAUCAACGUUCUAAACAGCUGUUCUCUCUCCUCUGCAGUGCAGAACCUGGUGUGGAGAACAGUCCAGCAGCAGGGGGACCAGAACCCCAGAGGGCAGACCAGGGCCUUGAUGUGUGGCUGUCAGCAGAGGUUCCGCCGUGGCAGAACAUCUGGAGGAACCUGGGCCACGAGCACAGGAUCCCAGCAGCUGACAGCUGGCCAGGCGUCACACUGAAGAUGUGAGAUCUCUCCCAGCAGAUGAUGGUUCCUGCCAGCACGCUGUGAUGGAGAAUAAAACACAGGACCAAGAUCUAAGACACUUUUUAUUAACAACACAAGAACACUACAACAAUGUCAACAUUUCAAUAAAAAAUGUUCCUUUUGCCUUUUUCACACACAAAAUGUCAAGACUAAAAAUAUAAUAUAAAAAUGUAACAGUUUCAGCAGAACA